GGUUUUUCAGUAGAAACGUGGCAGUCCAGCCGUAAAGAACAUCUGAAACGUCGCGAAUGUAUUGAGCAAGAACGGAACGUUGCGACAUUAUUUUUUAAAUUCCAUUUACGUCAAAAUACAAGUGACGUUUGGAUAGAAAUUAGAAUAUUUUUGUUUACUUGCCAAAAGUUAUAUUUUGGUCCGUCUGAAUAAUUCAUUCAGCAAAACUAACCAGUGUACGCAGAUAUAAUAUCAAAAUAAAUAAAAUGGACAUGCAAGUGCAAAAUUUCGACGGCCGCCAAGUGAGAUUUAACCGAGUUUGGAUAGAACAAAUUCUGCUACAAAUUUCGGAUGCAUUCGAGAUACGUAUAGUAUGGGAUGGCAACGCGGCGCUGUUGACGACGGUGAUGGCAGUCGCUGGCGGCGUGGUGGGCGGGUAUGCUGGAGGUAGACUCGGGGCUGCGCUCGGAGCGGGCAUCGGAGGAGCAACAGGAUAUGGAGUAUCAACCAUGGUCUCACUAAGACAAAUAUGGGAGACAGUGAAGGAACAGCUGAACGAGCUGCUAUUCAUAGUAUUCAACUACCUCCGGAGGCUGGAUGCUGGGGACUACAUGAACGCGUUCAGAAUCCUCAUGCGCUGCAUGGAGAGCAGACGGGAGCUGGUCUUCACCAUCGUAGAGUUCAUUGCCGACAAGCUAAGCACACAAGUUACAUCCAGUAUUGCUUACCAUCACUGAAUGUAUCGACAAGUUUACAGUUUUGGUGCGUUGUUCCUUGAACGAACUAUGUCUGUACAAAUGCAGGAUGCAUAUUCAUAAUAAGGGGUGAGCCCUUUUUUUGUAUUUUAAGCAUAUUGUAUGCACCUGCGUCGUGGUAAGGUAAACGAGCACGUAAAUAUAUAAACUAGUCAGCAUAUUUAAAAAUACAAAUUCACAAUUUAGGAAUGUGCACCUAACUUAUCUGACAAUGCUAGUGAGCUUCAAAAGCGUCUAGAUUGCUAUGACUCUACGCUUUGGAUUCAAGUGUGAAGGGGCUUAGCGAUAGUUCGAUACUUGUGACCCCUUUAGUUACUUUAGGCAGGAAUUAAUGUGAUAAACAUAGCCUUAAUGGAGACAAAUAAUCUGAUUGUUUUAGAAAAUUCCAAUCUAUUUGAAACUAUUCAAAGGUUAUUUUAUUUAAAUGGGAUAUUGAAGAAGACUCUUAGAAUGUAGACAAACUGAAAAGUGCUCGAACUUCUUAAAAUAUUAUUGAUAAUAUUUCUUCUAAUAAUUUGGUAUAUGUUUUUAAAAGUAAAAAAACUGAAUCAAAGUAUCUCUUAGUUGUUGACCAACGAAGAAAUCGCCGUCAUUAUAAUAUAUGUAUGUAGAAUCAUUAUAAACUUGUAUGUAUUCAAAAUGUAAUAAUUGUACUACCAAGGACUAUAAAGAUAUAUGUAUAUUAGGCAUGAUAAACUUAUCAGGUAUUAGUUUUACAUAUUUCUUUAUCUGAAAAGAAAUUAAAUUAGCACGUGUGACGUCACCUGACAUCGUUUUCACAUACAAUAGCGUAGAUAAUAAAAAAUACAUAUUAGGCAUAAUAAAUAUAUAUGUUCCUAUAUAUUGUAUUAAUUAAAAUGCUCAAUACAUAGUUUAAUUAACUCUGCAAAGCGCUUGUGAUGCCUCUGGUACUAAUGCAUCGGUGGCGGUUUUAUUACUUGUAACUAAAGCCGCCAACCGUGAGCUACACUAAAAACAGUGAUAUUAUUGAAACAUUUCUGAUAACUGUGGAUUACUCCUAAAAUGGCCGUCCUCUUAAUGUUAAGAAUUUGAUAGUAAUUUGCACCUUUGUGAUAUCUUUAAUACACUAAUAUAUUAUUACUACUUAUUUAUUAUAAAAAGUACUAUGCUCUUGUACCUAUAAAUAAAAAAUGAGGACCUAAGAUUUGCACCGCCAAAAUGGCGCCUAUGACGCAUAAAAGUCCAAUUAAUUAAUAAACUAACGAUUUGUUAACUAAAAAUCACGGUUUACUCAGGUAUUGUUAAUGGAGAAAAGCUCUACUAGUUUCAAAUGAUAUUUAGUUAAUUUAGUAUGUCUCACUAUAGUUAUUAUAAAAAUAUAACGGAUUGUUAUUAGCAAAUAUUCUAUUUGUCCAUUGGGGCCUU